UACAGAUGACCACAGUCAAUAUGGCGGACAGAUCAGGAGAGUAGAGGCACAGAAGAGUACUCCGUUGUAAAUCAUUGCAGAACCCUUCCACAAAGAAUUUAACUCGAUUUUUUGGUGAAAUAAUGUCUGGGAAGUGUACGCUAUUGAAAGUAGUCCUUUUGGGUGAUGGAGGAGUCGGGAAAUCGUCGUUGAUGAAUAGAUUUGUAAGUGGGAAGUUCGAUAGUCAGUCGUUUCACACGAUCGGCGUUGAAUUCUUGAAUAAAGACGUGACGUUGGAUGGAGAGACUUUCACUUUACAAAUCUGGGAUACAGCAGGCCAGGAACGUUUUAAAAGUCUUCGUACACCGUUUUACCGUGGAUCYGAUCUAUGUCUGUUAGUAUAUGCAGUGGACGACGUCAAAAGCUUCACUAACUUAUCAAUGUGGAAGAAAGAAUUUCUUUAUUAUGCUGAUGUGCGUGAUCCGGAUAAUUUCCCAUUUAUUUUAUUAGGCAAUAAGUUGGAUGUAGAAGGUAGAGUAGUAUCGCARCAAGAAGCUGAUACYUGGUGUAGGCAAAAUGGUGGYGUACCUUACUUUGAGACGAGCGCUAAAGAUUCAACGAACGUGAACGAAGCGUUCAUAGCUGCAGUCAAGAGACUUAAACUCCUUGAACAGCAAAGUAAAGAAAACCGUAGUGGAUUUUCAGCAACUGGUGGUGUUAAUUUAGCAAAUGUUAAGAAAGACAAAAAUUCUGGGUGUUGCGAGUAAAAAUUGGGGUGGUGACUAAUGCACAAUGCCAUCUGGAGUCUACUUGGAAUAAACGCACAAAAUGUUUUCAUUCUUCCUUGGAAUGGCCAAGGUUGUAGCUAAUAAUUAUAAUUUUAAAUAAUAUAAGUUCAAGCAAAUUGUAAAUGAGAGAAUCAACUUGAUGGAAGAUCUUUGCAGUACACUUCCUGGUAGAAUAACAUUUUCAUAAAAAAACUUUUUGAGAGUGCAUGCAUUUUGAAAUAUUUUGGUGAAACAUCUGCAGUGGUUGCAACUACAAAGARGAGGACAUGAGGGUUUCUGGUUAAAGUCAUUAAAUCCAGCCUGUGAAAGACUAUYUAAAUUAUUGCUAGUGAGCGAGCAAAGAAAACAAUCAAAAUCUCCAGUAUCUCUCRCAACUUUUUUCUAGUGUUUUGCAAAAUGAUUAUAUUUUUGUUUYCAAAUCAGGGAUAA